AUGGAUGUUGAAGAAGACUUGUUGAUAGUUGACGAGGUCGGCGUCUCUAGUCAACAAGCAGGGCGCGAACAAACUUCCGCCCGGCCCGUGUUUUCAGACCCUGAGAGGGUCUAUUGUAGAGUGGCGGAUCCCGGCCAGGAAAGACUCCGCCGAAGCGAAGGCUCGGGUGGAUAUUCGUAUGCGGACGCGGUUCGGGACCGCGUGAUGUUAGGUCACAGGAACCGAAGGAGGAUCGAAAAUCAACCUCGAGCAGACUUCAGACUUUCAACGCCCGCCAGCCAACAAAAUGAGAUUAUUUUAAACAACAAUCGUUUUGAAAUUGUUGACAGGUACGAAGAAAAGCCGCGCAUUGAUUUUUCAGCGAACAAUUUAGGUUACAGGUUUAUCCCCAAACAGGAUAUUUUAGAUUUUAGGUGCCAGGGUGAUCCGAAGUUGCAGGAGUUCGGACUGAAUGAGCUGCGAUUAGCGUCCAGUAGAUCACGGCAAAAUAAAAUUUUAGGUAACAGCAACAGGUGCAGAGCGACCGAGCGAGAGAGAGACACAGUUGAACACGAGUCGACGUGUGAUAGUCAGGAACCGCUUCAUUCGACUGAUGUGAAGUCUCAGGUUCAUCAACCGCGUAUAGGUGCCGAGCGUGACAACGACUUUUGUCGUCGCGAAUUGCUUCGACCUGACAGAUUUGAUGGCACCGGCUGUCUCAAAACUUUCUUAAAAAAGUUUGAGAUAUGUGCCAGGUACAAUAAUUGGAAUCUCGUAGACAUGGAAGCGUAUUUGUCAUGUUCGUUAACAGGUGAAGCUUCACAGGUUCUCUGGGAUUUAACAGGUUUAGGUUACCAAGAGCUGGUAUCUAAGCUAGAAGAUCGUUUUGGAACAAGAGGUCAUGAAGAGUCAUACAGGUACGAAUUACAGAUUCUUCGUCGAAAACCUGGUGAGUCGUUACGAGAGUUGUCAAUGGUUACUAAAAGACUCAUGUCAUUAGCCUAUCCAGGAGAGCAGUCAAGAUUAGCUACACAUCUAGCUAGGGACUUUUUCUUGUCAGCCCUCGAUAAUGCUGAAUUAGAAUUAAAGGUUAGGGAAAAAGAACCAAAGAACAUUGACGAUGCUCUUAGAUUCGCACAGCGUCUUGAAGUUUCAAAGAUGGUGGUAGAUUCAUCUCACAGGUUUGACCCGCAGGUUAAAGAUUUUCAAGCAGGGGCAGAAAACAUGGAGUCAAUGGUACGACAGAUUGCGUUUCUUCAAAAGUCAUUUGAAGAACUCAGAAAUAAAAGAGUGCAGCCAACUGUAUCCCGAGUUGAGCGAGAGAAAAUUUGUUUUAAUUGUAAGAAGCCAGGUCAUCUUGCAGUCAAAUGUCCUGAGAAGAAUGAGACCUGCAAAUCCCAAACUUAUAGUCAAGAAUGCGACGGUUCCGAAUCCGGAUUCGGAUCCGAAUCCAGGGAUUCGGAAAAGAUUCGGAUCCGCGGAUCCUAA